GUCAGUGCGCACAUGUUACGCCGGGAGAGGAGGCUAAACUGACCGAACUGCCACCGUCCAGCCCCCCGCCACUUUUCCCGAGGAGCAUUUAACCCGAACACAAACUCCAGCCAAGUGGUUUUUAAAAGGCUCCGCGGCACAGCCCAGGAUCUGUGAGACUUGCAAGGAUGCACUUGUUGUCUGCCAGCUGCGUGUGCGCCCUCCUCAUCGCGAUCAUCUAUCAAGUGAACAGUUUGGAGACUGUUAUCGGCCUGUAUGGAGAAACACUUGAGGUGCCAUGCAACAAUGGAAAAGCAAAGCCAGAGGACCUUUUGAUCACUAAAUGGAAAUAUGACAAAGGAGAGGCAAUUCGAGGAGACCUGCUGGUCAGGAAAAAAGACCAGAGUGCCUCAGUCCUCGCCCAAGAUGAAUACAAGGACCGCGUGAGCAUGGCAGAAAACUCCAGCCUGCUGCUGUCUGCGGCCAAACUAAGUGACCAGAAGACUUUUACCUGCAUGAUAGUGGCUGGCGCCGACAUAACCGAAUACCCAGUCAAUGUGCUGAUCCACAAGGCUCCGUCAGGGCUGGAGUUGUCUGAAAAGGCUAAGGAACUGGAGAUUGGCAAACCAACUAAGCUAGGGGAAUGUGUUGCAAAAGAUGCCAAUCCAGCUGCAAAUAUCACAUGGUUAAAGGACAAUAAACCCCUGAUAGCUGAUGGGAAAGGGAUUCUCAUCCAUACCUCAGUACAGGAGGACCCUAUUACUGGCCUGUUGACCACCUCCUCUGUACUGGAGUACUCUGCUGGGAAGGAAGACGCUCAUGCCCAGUUCACCUGCAGCAGCCAGGACACUGUCGGCCAGGAGCAAGUGUCCUCUCCUGUGACCUUCACCAUCACCUACCGCACAGAGAACAUCAGCCUUGAAGUCAUUUCUGGGGGCCGUUUCAUAGAGGGAGACAAUGUGACUCUCAAAUGUGUAGCAGAUGGGAAUCCAGCGCCUACCAGCUUUAACUUCAACCUUAAGGGAGAUGUGGUGAAAGUGGAAAACUCAGACAGUUACACCUUGACAGAUGUCACACGUUACACAACUGGCGAAUACAAAUGCUCUCUUGUCGAUGACCCCACGCUGGAAGCCUCCAGGCACAUCACAGUCGAUUACCUCGACAUCAAGUUAAACCCAUCUGGAAAGAUCCUCAAGAGUGCUGGUGAUGCUGUGGACCUGGCGUUGUAUUUUAAUGCAUCUGGAAAACCAACAGUGUCCUGGUCAAAGGAUAAUGUUAAGAUAGACAAGGAGCCAAAGUUCACCAAGCUGACCUACUCUGACUCUGGCCGCUAUGAGUGCGAAGUGACGAUGGGCCCUCUCAGCCGAAAAGCUUCUUUUGAGCUGGUUGUCGAAGGCGCUCCAGUUAUCAGACAGUUGUCCAAAAAGCGCAGUGAAGAUGGACGGCACAAGAUCCUGAUCUGUGAGGCUGAAGGCUCACCAAAGCCCACUGUUUCCUGGAGCAUCAAUGGCACCUCGCUUGAUGAGAGUCCCUUCAUCAAUGGCAAGAUCACACACAAGAUCACUGUGGUGCCCACUGUGAACCUGUCUGUCUCCUGUACGGUGUACAAUGAGCUUGGCCAGGACACCAGGGUCAUACAGUUGUCACCCAUAAUUGUGGAGGUGAGAAUGGAUAAACAAGACCAGUCGGACGACAGUGAGCAAACUAAGCUGGUGGUCGGUGUCGUAGUGGGUCUUGUCCUUGCCGCCAUGGUUAUAGGCCUGGCAUACUGGGUGUACAUGAAGAAAUCCAAGCAGGGAAGCUGGAAGACUGGUGAGAAGGAGAAUGGAUCUUCUGAGGAGGAGAAAAAGCUGGAGGAGAAGGUGGAGGAGAACAGCCAAAAAGCAGAGGUGUAGAGAAACAGGAGCCAUCCUUUGAGCAUGUGAAAGUGAGGAAGCAGCAAGAAGAAGCUUUUGCAUAUUUCUCUUCACUUCUAUCUUUGGGGGAAAAUGAGCGCAUAUUUGGAUGAAGACCAUCUGGAUUCGGUGUCAGGGAGAAUUUCCCUGACCCUGAGAAUUUUCCAAAAAAAAAAGAAGAAAAAAAAAAGCAUAUCCAAGGAUGCCGUAUGUGAUAUACAUAACUUGUCUGCACUACUGAUACAUACUAUGUAAACUUGUGUACUAUUAGGUUUCAUAUUCGUUAGAGGGGAUUUGGGAAACUGAAAAAAUGCAAUUUUUUUUUUUUUUGGUUUUAUUAGUUGAUACCAGUAGAAUUACUACUAGACCAGUUGCCUUCGCUGUAAGGAUGUGUAGGCCUUCAUUAGUCUACGUUUGUCUCUUUGACCCUCAAAGACACUGGAGGGACGAAGAACCAUCGUCAUCAAUAUUUCUUAACUUCCAUUACAAUCAGACAGACUCUGCCUUCAAGUUCAGUGUGUUGAAUUUGCUCAUUUGUGCAUACAUUUCAGUUUAUUUGUCCGUGCAUGAAACGUUAAAGUUGAGAUGAAAUUGCUGAAAGGGCUAAGGGUGUAUAGUUAUGCUCUGCAUUAGAUGUAGACGGCGAUAUGAUUUACGGGUUAUAAGGCAUACAGUAUGUCCCCUAGCAGUGCAGGAAAGUAGGUGAUGUGCCACAAAGUUCUUUGAUGUGACAUGAUUUUAUUUUUUUGUCUGUGUUGCUUUGCUAUCAGGUGAGAAAUGUACAGACACUCAAGUCACUCUGCCUGUCUUUUGUCAUAUGUAGACCGGCCAUCAUCACUCUACAACAUAAACAUGUAGGUUUUUCAAAGAAUGUAAAUCAUGACUCUUUGUUAUUGGCGAUAGUUUGAUUGCACAGAUACUUAUUCUUCAAGAGAGUGUCCUUAAAGCCGUACAAGUGGCAAGGAUUUAUUUUUCAUUUUAUCUAUCAAGACUAGGAACACGUGUUGGUGAAAUUCUCAGUUUGUGCUACAUCACUGUCCAUUGUUGCGGUACGAACCAUUUUUUUGGCCGCCUUUUGUAAUAAGUGAGCCCACAGGAAGGAUGGGAGUUUCUUUUGAAAAAAAAAAAAAAUAGCUAUUAUGAUACACUUGCCUUUUUUGAAAAUCUACCUGUAAUUGCUUCAGUUUGUAAUGUGCACUAGGGUUUAUGAUUUCAUGUCAAAUUUGUGUAGAAUAUGACAGAAGACGCGCAGCUGUACAUGUCACAGUUUUGGUCAGGGUCAUCUGUAAGCAUUUACUAAACCUGAAAAUGUACGAGUCCAGGAUGUAAUUGUGAAGUUUGUGAUGUUAUUUUUUCUUUUUGCUAUUUAUAUUGUUAAAGGUUCGGCAAAAAUCAAUAAUUGAUAGCAAUUACUUGCAGACUUUACGGGAAGAGAUUCAGUUCUGCGUCAUCGGUAGGUUGCUCAGCGUCUGGUUGAAUAUUAGAUUCAGCAUGUGAUCAUCUCAGACUUUCAAGCUGCUGUUUGUUCCCUGCGUUGUGUAAAACCAUCAAAUUGGAAGAAUGACCAAAGAAAGUGAACAUUGCCAUGCAAGUAUUGUAAAUAUCUGACAUUUGUUUUUGUACUUUUGUUUAAAAUAAAGUGUACAUUUGGAAAAGUUA